AUGCCCAAGAAAAGUGAGGGCAAGAUACUUCGGCCGCAGUAUAAGGAAAUUCUAAAAGACCCCGCCAAUGCUCUACACCUAAUCAACUACCCUACCGUACCAGCCAACGCCACUCCUAAAGAGACCGAUGCUAUUAAUUCUCGAAUCACACGUAUAAAUAAGUUCAAAAAGCUCCUGCAAGCGUCAACCAUCUCGUUGCCCGACUUGAGGCAACUCGCCUGGUCUGGUGUGCCGCAAGAGGUUCGCGCCAUUACCUGGCAACUGCUGCUGAGUUAUCUUCCCGCGAAUAGCGAGCGCCGGGUUGCCACUUUGGAGAGGAAGCGAAAAGAAUACUUAGACGGUGUUCGUCAGGCUUUUGAGAGAGGAGGAGGUCCUACAACCACAUCGGCAAACACAGCCUCCACAGGCCGAACCCGAGGCCUGGAUGAGGCCAUCUGGCACCAAAUCAGCAUCGAUGUACCCCGGACCAACCCGCAUAUUGAGCUGUACAGCUACGAAGCCACGCAACGGUCACUUGAGCGCAUUCUGUAUCUGUGGGCUGUGCGACACCCAGCAAGUGGUUACGUUCAGGGCAUCAACGACCUUGUAACGCCGUUCUGGCAAGUGUUUCUUGGCAUUUAUAUCGGAGACCCAGAUAUCGAAUCAGGAAUGGACCCGGGGCAACUUCCCAAGUCUGUAUUGGAUGCAGUAGAAGCCGAUUCUUUCUGGUGUCUUACAAAGCUACUCGAUGGCAUUCAGGACCACUAUAUCGUGGCACAGCCCAGGUAUCCAGCGACAGGUUACUGCGCUGCGCGACUUGACAGCGCGUAUAGAUGCCAAUUUGUCAAAGCAUUUAGAGCAGGAGGGUAUCGAGUUCAUCCAAUUCAGUUUCCGUUGGAUGAAUUGUCUCUUGAUGCGAGAAUUCAGUGUCAAAAACACUAUUCGAAUGUGGGACACUUAUUUGGCCGAAGAGCAGGGUUUCUCCGAAUUCCAUUUGUAUGUGUGUGCGGCCUUUCUUGUGAAAUGGUCCGAUAAGCUCCUCGACAUGGAUUUCCAGGAGAUCAUGAUGUUCCUCCAGAGCCUUCCCACCAAGGGCUGGACAGAAAAGGAUAUUGAACUGCUCUUGAGUGAAGCCUUCAUCUGGCAAAGCCUUUUCAAGGGGUCGGCUGCGCAUUUGAAGGGUCAACCGGCGCGGGAACCCGUCACGAAUUUACAACUAUGAGAAGUAGAGAUGAAAUCUUGAACCUGGCAUGCAAGCUUGAAUAUGCAUAUUGCAAUACUCUUUGGCGUUGGUUCAUCAUGGAUGUGUUGCGGCAAAGUACUUUUGGUACAAUGUUGAGACCGAGCAUAUAUAUUAUAUAUACAGUAAUGUGGAUGAAAUGACGACCGACAACAUGGCUCUGCGAUUCUUUGAUUCUCCUUCAUAUGGCGCUCUAUCCAAUCAUUAAUGGUAUGAAGAUGUGUUGAUUGUGACAAGAUUUGGUAGUUUUAUUUAUUAUCAUGGCGAAUUAGCCUAAGCUUUUACAUACGAGAACCAAUAACGAGAGGAUCCCUUCU